AUGCACCUUCAACGGCAUAUCCCCGAGAAGCUAUGGACCACCAAAACAGAGGAUUUGCACAACAAAGAAACUCAAUUAAUGCUAUGGCCGCAUUUCUGGUGGGGUGCGGAGAAGGCCCAAUGGAGAUACGGCCCGACAGAAAUAAUGGAGGGCAGUCUUGUAGUCGGUACUAGAAGCAGAGAGGAGGAUUUCAGUGUCAAGCUAGAGGCAGUAGGCCCGCUAAACUGGAAGGAGAACAUUUGUGUUUUUAAGCCGUUCCAUCGUGUUUAG